UUAAUGUGCGUUGUGUUACAACUUGAGUUGGUUUUGUGCAACAUUGCUUACAUGGAGUAAAAGUAUAAUUCUAGAUGUAUGAUAUCAAUGCCACAAAAUUCUUAAAAGCAAACACUCCCAUAUAUCCUCAUCCACAUACUUUGGAUUGUCCACAAUAUAUUGUGCUUAGUACAAAUGCAUUAUGACUGGAAACAAUUUACUUGCAGAUGUGCAUCAAUGUAUUGUGCAAAUCUCUUCUAGAUGUCUAAAGAAUAACUUACCCAAAUGACACAAUUCACUUAUAAGGUUAACACCUUCUUUUAAUGUUUUUUCCCAGGUAAAUGGCUGUGACAGAGCGAUAGAGCCUAUAAAGCUGUAUUAUUAUUAUCACCGUUGGAAAGAACAACUUUGUGAAUAUCUGAGAUCUUCUUUUGACUACAAGGAAUUGACUUUAAUCAAUUAUAAUAAAUAAUAUUUCAAAUAAAACAUGCCCUUUGUAUCCAAUCUAGUUGUUAAAUGUUAAAAUUCACACUUUUUGAGGACUUGUUAAUGAUGUCAAUUCUUUGCAGUCUUUCCUUUCAGUUAGUUCAACUUGAGAACAUCCUGUCCUCAAUAAGUGUAAUAUCACGUUGGACGGAUAACAUCUCUGAUUCCCCUACUUCCCUUAAAGUCAUUUCCGAACAACCACCAAUGCCACCUCUGCAGAGGAGACAUCACUCCUUCAUUCUUUGACUCGCGUGCAGCAAAAAAAAAACCCUGCAAGGAUGAAGCUACAACUUUUGAUCUUUACUCUUUUGCAGUAUUUGGUUUUAACCAAUCAAGAAAACCAGGAAAAGCAGCUAAUGAAAACACAGGGAUUCAACUUCAAGGCUUUCCAAAACGACAACGGCAAUGACAACAUCUCAUUCGACUACGACGACGACGACGACGCCUUGUCGGCCCCUUGCAGUUUAGCGGUGCCUGGAUUCGACAGCUUGGGCCUGAUGGUCACCUACAUCGUCGUGUUCGCCCUCAGCGUGCUGGGGAACGGCGUGGUAGUCUAUGUGGUUUGCUCCAUGAAGAAAGGCAAAGGUAGCACCGAUAUCUACCUGAUGCACCUGGCCAUGGCGGACCUUCUCCUCUCCGUCACCCUCCCUUUCUGGGCCGUCAACGUUCAGUCCGGGUGGAUCUUCGGCAACUUCCUGUGCAAGCUCCUGUCCGGCUUCCAGGAGGCGUCUGUGUACAGCGGGGUCUUCCUGCUGGCAUGCAUCAGCGUGGACCGCCACUUCGUCAUCGUGAGAGCCACCAGGCUGCGGCCCAACCACCGCCUGGUGGUCAAAGUGGCGUGCGCCGUGGUGUGGCUGGUGGCCGCGGUGCUGUCCUUGCCGGUGGCCAUUCAGAAGGAGAGCGUGCACGCCGAAGACCUGGGCCGCCUCAUUUGCUACGAGAAGCUCACCGGCGAAAGCAGCGGCCGCUGGCGCGUCAUCAUGCGGGUCAUGCGCCACACGAUUGGCUUUUUCAUGCCCCUGGUGGUGAUGACAGUCUGCUACGGCUGGAUUGUGGUAGCGCUGUGUCACACGCGUAAUUCCCAAAAGCAAAAGGCCAUCCGCGUCAUCCUGGUGGUGGUGUUUGCCUUCGUUGUGUGCUGGUUGCCUUACAACGUCUCGAUACUGAUUGACACGCUGAUCCGCGGCCAAACCAUUGCGAUGGAGACGUGUGAGAAACGCUACAUGCUGGAGGUGACGCUGGCAGUGACCCACGUGUUGGCCCUCAUGCACUGCGCCGUGAACCCGGUGCUGUACGCCUUCAUCGGGGAGAAGUUUCGCAACCACCUGCUCUCGGCUCUGUACAGACACGGGUUCCUCAACAGGAAGGGCUCAGCCAGCAGUGUGGGGAGCGUCAGAUCUAGAAUCACCUCCACCAUGUAGACAGAAAAGGGACAGACAAGUUAAAGAAAACAGAAUCUCUUAUGGUUUACACGUUUGUUAGAUAGAACACACAGAACCGAGUCAGGCUACCUGCUUUGCCCUUCAGAUACUCUUGGCUAAACUAAGCUGUCCUUUACUCAAUAAACAGAGUUUGGAGAAAGAUAUGUCAAGUUUCUCCUUAUAAUGUCAAACACCAACCUAAAUGUUACUUAGUCUAAAAAUGAGCACCAUGGGUGCAUGGUUCACAUGUCUGGUACUCAAGGUAAAGGUGUUAUAUGCAAGAUUGGGAGUAUAUUUAAUGCCUCUCAACAACUGUGACCAAAGAAACCGCAGCACUAAAGCGCUGCUGAAAGCGGAUGGAAAACAUACUUAGAGAGUACAAUCAAUUAAUAAAUCAAUUCAACCCAUACCUUGUGUGGUCUUUCC